CAAUCACCUUUUGAUGGCAGCUAUGAAGUUCGCCCUGCUCUGCACUGUGUGUCUGCUGCCCGGCCACCUGGCCCUGCCACUGUCCAGGGAGGCUGGAGACGGGAGCGCGCAGCAGUGGGAACAGGCUCAGAAUUAUCUCAGGAAGUUUUACCUUCACAACUCUAAAACAAAGGACGCCAACAGUCUGGUGCUCAAAAUGAAGGAAAUGCAGAAGUUCUUUGGCCUGCCCAUGACUGGAAAGCUAUCCCCCCGCAUGAUGGAAAUAAUGCAGAAACCCAGAUGUGGAGUGCCAGAUGUUGCAAAAUUCUCAUUAAUACCAGACAGUCCAAAAUGGCAGUCCAGAAUUGUCACCUACAGAAUCAUAUCCUACACUUCAGACUUACCACGGCCUGUGGUGGAUCAAAUUGUUGCAAAAGCUCUUGGAAUGUGGAGCAAGUAUAUCCCACUGAACUUCAGGAGGGUUAAGUGGGGAACUGCGGACAUCAUGAUUGGCUUCGAAAGGGGAGAUCAUGGAGACAACUUCCCGUUUGAUGGGCCAGGAAACACUCUAGGUCAUGCCUUCGCACCUGGACCAGGCCUGGGAGGAGAUGCUCACUUUGACAAGGAUGAAUACUGGACCGAUGGUGACGGCACAGGAAUCAACUUUCUCUUUGCUGCCACCCACGAAUUUGGCCACUCUCUGGGUCUGGGGCACUCUUCCGUUCCCGGUGCUGUGAUGUACCCUACUUAUAAAAGCGGCAAUUCAGAAGACUUCAGACUUGCAGAGGACGACAUUGAAGGCAUUCAGAUGUUAUAUGGAAAGAGGUCUACGUUUUAGAAGAUGUAGACACUCUUCUAAAGAUGUAAGACACUUAAAAGAAACGAUCCGCUAUUCAUUGGUUUUCUACUGCAUCCCCCACUCAGAACGAGCCCUUCCUGAACUGCAUGCAGCACCCGCCCUAUUCUUGCUUGCGCUGUGGGUGGGUUCAUAUAUUCCUCCGAGGGUCACCUUCACGGGGUGGUUCUGACUAGUCUCAGGUAACACGAAGUUGACAGGCAUCAAUAAAUGUUAUGUGCGCAAAG